AUGCCCUUCUUUCAAGUUGCGUGGGCUCUCUGGGUUACUGAGUCCCAGCCAGACUGGAGCCACGCCCACGCGCUCCACGCGCUCGCGCACUGCCUGCUGGCCGCGGCGGGGGCGCUGGGACGCAGCCUGGAGGGCGCUGGCCAAACCGGGCUGAACGACUACGACUUCUUCCACAGCAACGCAGCGGCUGCACGGAUGGGCCCGUGCACCACCCAGGGAGGUCCAUGCAUGGAGAGCAACACGGCGCGCGCCAUCGCGGCCCUCGAUGAGAACGACAUCCCUGCGCUUGCGGAGGCUCUAGCCGCCUGGGUGGAGGACCCCCGGGAAGAAGAUUUGCCUUGGCUCCAAGAGAGUGUGGGUCCAGUGGCCAAGAGGGUCCUGAGUGCCUGUCAAGAAGGAAUGCUGGGAUGCGCGUGGCGCAGCAGUGAUGAAGGCCGUGGUAGCCCCCACUGCCUGCUGGGCGCCGGUGGAGCGGUGCAGGACAAGGAUUUGAACGCGCUGCGCAAGGCGGCGGCCACUCUACGGCAGGCCUCACAGGCACACCGCGCCUCACCACCCUGCCCUGGUGCCACGCCGACCGCGCCGGCGGCGUUCACAUUCCGGCGGAGCAUCCUGGUCUACCCAGAGGAGAUGAUGUUUUUCAUGGUGAGGUGCGGCGAGCAAAAGGGCGUGCUGCAGACUGUGUCCCCCCCGCUGGCGGAGUCGUGCAUUCCGGUCGCAGCUGCUUGGCGGAAGUGCUUCGGGGUGUAG